GGACUGUUGAGUACUCGUUUCUAGGGGAUUUGUAGUUCACUAUGAGACUGCUCAAUACUAGUUUAGAUGAAUAUUGGCGCAACUGGAGAAAAGGUCUGGCAUAUAGAGGUUAAGAUACUGAAAAAAGUCAGAUCCAGCAUGUUCCUGACUUUAGCACUGUUCCGAAAGGGGAUUCCAGGCAAGCAGUGGAUAGGGAAGCACCGUCGUCCACGUGCAGUCACCUGGCAGAUGAAGAGGAACAUGCUGCAUAAACUGGAGCGUGAGGCAGAAAAUGAGUACUGGAUUAGCCGACCAUACAUAAACCAGGAACAGGAGUAUGGACAUGCAGCCGUACGGCGACAGCAUACUUGGAUGAAGAUUAAAGCUGAGAGGCAGGCCAAGUUUCCAGAACACAAGUAUAUAAGUGAUCACCUACAUCACCUCAACAUCACCAAAAGAUGGUCCAGCUAAACAAACUGCCAGUUUCUGACUGGACUGUCAGUGUCAGUUGCAUGUAUGUGUUGUAGGUUUUGUGAUUUCUUUAUAAAGCAUUUGCUCAGUGGUAA